AUCUUCUCUAUGAGUGAGGGAUGAAACAAAGAAGAAAAAAGAAUCAGAAAUCUGAGCUUAAUUGUAUCUAACAUCUAGAUUGGAGAUUAACUCACAAGAAGCCUUGAGAUGAAGAUCCGUGUGGUUCAGAUCUGGGGUUUCCUCAUGACCGUUUUGGGCUGGAUCUUCGUGGCUUGCACCAUGGCCAUGGAGGGCUGGAAGAUCACCUCCAUUGGAGGCAUGGGCGGCUCCUCCAUCCUCACGGUGGCCUGGUUCUGGUCCAGCCUCUGGAGAAGCUGUUUUACAGACUCGACUGCUGUCAGCAACUGUUACGACUUCCCUGUUCUUUGGUCUGUGGACGGCUCAAUCCAGAUAGUGCGCGGCCUGCUGAUGGGGGCUCUUUCCCUGGGAAUGCUUGGAUUUGUGCUGAGUUUGUUGGGGAUGGAAUGCACCUUUAUAGGAGGAAAGGAUCGGUCAAAGUACAAGAAGAUUUACGCUGGUGGAUGGUGCCACAUUAUUGCCGGUGUGCUCUCAAUAUGUGGGUAUGCCGUUUAUGCUCAGUACGUCUCAGUAGAAUACUUCAACCCUGAAUUUGACGGACUGAGGUACGACCUUGGCACCCCUAUCUUCCUUGGCUGGGUCGGCUCAGCCUUUCACAUGACCGGUGGUUUCUUCUAUGUGUGGUCAGUGUGCACGCCGCUCUGUGGAGGAGAAGUCAUAGUCAUCACUGUCCCGCCACAACCCGAUCCCGAGCAAAACAAGUCCACAACAGCUCUGUCCACUGUGUCCGGGAUCAGCUCAAAGACCAGACUGUCCUCUGUGUCCGAGCUAUCGUCCCGGACUGAGGGCUCAGGUGUGUCCGACAUUUCCUCAAGAUCAGAACGCAGUUCAAAAUCUGGACUCACGACCAAGUCAGGGCGCUCAACAAAGACACGGGAGACAGCUAGGUCUGUAGGAUCUGUGGGGUCAAAGUCAGAGUCUAGACGGUCUUCAAGGAGCAGCGGCAGCAGCAGGACGGUGUCGUCAGGAAGUUCACGGAGUGAGACUACGCCAUUUAUCAAGAACUCUUAUAUUUAAAUGAUUGAUUAUAAGAAAUUUCAUGGACUUUGUUUUUUUAUUCAUUUCAUACAUAUGAUGAUGAAAUCAAAUUUGUGUAAUGUGUUUUUAUUGCUGAAAAUGUAAUUUUUUGCCUGAUGUUUGUUUCCAUCAUCUUACACUCAAGGUAUAAGGGACUCUUCUAAUCAUCCUAUGAGCCUCUGUCUCCUUAGAAAACAAAUAAAACUCCAGCAGGCUUCUCCUGUCUGGUUGACAGUAAA